GCCGUAGUGGGUGGCUGACCUCCAGAGCUGCGUGGAUUCAGUCAGUCCGCGGUGAGAUGUCGGUUAGGUAUGUUCUUCUCGCCGUCUGUGUCUGCCUUGUGCACGCUCACAUCAAGCAGCAUCGGCUCAAAGUUAGGACAGAUACAUUUAAUGGUACCUUAGCGGACUGCAACAAACAAGAAGAAGAAACCUCCGAGUUCCCCGAAGAUUUGUUCACCCUCCAGCAAAGGAGGAACGGUGCAAUUAUUCUUCACAUACUAUGCGGAAUCUACUGUUUUGUCAUAAUAGCUUACGUCUGCAAUGACUACUUUUUGCCAUCUAUGGACUGCAUUUGCCAGGACCUAAACCUGUCGAAAGAUAUCGCAGGAGCGACAUUCAUGGCCUUUGCUACAUCGGCUCCAGAACUUUUCGUCAACAUCAUCGGAACAUUUUUGACACAGUCUGAUCUUGGGAUCGGUACAGUGGUUGGCUCGGCGGUCUUCAAUACUCUCGGAGUUGCUGCUUGUGGAGGCCUGGCUGCAAGAGCGAUUAUACCAUUGGAGGUCUGGCCAUUAGCAAGAGAUUGUGGGAUUUAUAUGUUUGUAAUUACUGUUCUCACUUUGAUCUUAUGGGAUGAAAAAAUUGAAUGGUUUGAAGCACUAACGCUUCUGUUACUAUACGUUGUCUAUUGCUUUGCGUUAUUUUGUCAACAAAGACUUCACAAAGCAGCAAAAAAAAUACUCAGGACAAAAAACUCGUUCAACAGUCAAGUUUCGACAGUUGCUUUAUCCUGCAACAAUGAUUUGCCUGGAACGUAUACACCAUUUCAUCACCAUGGCGAAGUGAUCGGUUGGGAAAAGAGGCCAUCAGUGAUAGUGAAACCUGAUGAGAUCAAAUCAGUAGAAGUAACUGUAGAAGUACGUGCUUGCUCUCCACCUGCACAUUUGUUAUCCAAAAUAUGGUGGAUGAUCUCUUGGCCAGUUGCAGCAAUGCUAUACGUUACUCUGCCUGAUUGUAGAAUUUACAGAAAACUUUAUCCAGGAACCUUCCUCAUGUCUGUCGUAUGGAUCGGGGUGGCAUCAUAUAUAAUUAGUUGGAUGAUGACUACUAUAGGUGACACAUUAGGAGUGAGUGACGCUGUUAUGGGACUAACCCUUGUUGCUAUUGGUGGAUCUAUUCCAGAAGCUAGUACAAGUGUCAUCAAUGCAAGACUUGGAAUCGGUUCAAUGACGAUAUCAAAUGCUUUGGGAGGAAACACCCUGGAUAUUUUGUUAUCUCUUGGUUUACCUUGGUUUAUAAAAACCUUGUUACCAGCAGAUCUCGGAGGUGGCCCUGUGAAAAUAGAAUCACGAUCAGUUGUGUAUAACAAUGCAGCGCAAUUGGCAUGUGUAGCCCUCCUCUUCGUCUCUGCUGCCUUUAAUAAAUUUAAAAUGGAUAAGCGGUUAGGUUGGACGUGCCUUGUAUUUUAUAGCCUUUUUAUUGCAUUUAUUGUGACUGUUGAACUUGAUCCUUUUGGAUUCAAUCCUGUAAAAUGCACAGUUUAAGAAAUAGGCAAGUGUAAUAUUUAUUUUUAUUGCAAAUCAGUAUUUUCAACUGAUGUAAUGUGCUCUUCAUACGAAUUAAAGUAUUUAUUUUGUACAUUUAAUAUUAAUUUGGCAUCGUUAUUAGUUAAUUACAGAUACGUAAAAGUUUAAGAAGAAAAAAGUAUACAGCUUCAUUGAAUGUUCUCAUACUAAAUUAUUUUGUACCUGAGGAUAUUUUUAGUACAAGAUUAUAUUUAGAAAAGUAUCUUACACCCCUUGUGUGACAAAAGAUAUUUAAAUUGAGAUACAUUCAAAACUUUAUUAUUAGAAAAUUAAAGAGAUUUGUUUGUUCAUUGUAAAAAUAGGUUAAGAUUUAAUUGAACUAAUUUAUUGCUGUACUAAACUGUGAUUAUAGAAACAGAUAUUUUAAUGAGAAAUAGUUAGAAGAAAAUAGGUGUUAAUCCCUUUGUUUUAGUGAAUUGGAUUGUUAUUUUACACAAUCUUGAUUGAGAUUUAGGGAUUUCAGUUUGACUUAGUUUAACAUAAAUGAGUGGGGCUAAAUUGGUUUCCAGAACUGUAUGUUAUCGUAAUUAUUAUUUAAUUUAUAUUACUUUUAAAUAUUUAUUUUUGUCUCUGUUUUAAACUUAGAGUAUUUUUCCCUAAAAGGAAUUGAUUAAAAAUGAUCAGUUAUUUAGAACUGCAUAAGUGACAAUUCUUAAUUAAAGCAAAUAGUGUUUAUGAAAUUUUAAUUUUACUUAAUUUAUUGAAGAAAUAAAUAUGUUCUUCAAACCUUUGAGUAUUAAAAUAAAAUAUGUUUAAGGGCUGACAAGCCUACCUCACUCUUAGUUUCAAAAAUUGAUCUUUUUGAAGAUUGAUAGAUAGAUAUUAGAUGAUGAAUCUAACCUGAUAAUUUUUAAGUUCAAAUGAGUAAUUGUUUUGAUAGUGGAGUGUGUUUCCUUAUUCCUAUAA